AUGUCACUCACUAUUGACUCAACUGUUACCUUAUCGAGUGGACGUUCGAUACCUCGCUUAGGAUAUGGGGUAUAUCAAGCUCGAUCUCAAGAAUGUGAAGAUGGUGUGAAGGAAGCUUUCAAAGUUGGCUAUAGGCUGGUCGAUAGUGCACAAGCAUAUAAAAAUGAACAUAUCGUUGGUAGAGCUAUCGUUCAAUUACAAUCAAUAUCGAGAUCAGAUGUAUUCCUAACAACGAAAUAUAUGCCCUCACAUACGCCUCAUCCCUCAUCUGAAGUGUACGAGAUAAUGUUGAAAUCCUUGAAGAAAAUCGACAAGUCAAAUACGGAAAAAGAGAAACCUUAUAUAGAUCUGAUGUUGAUCCAUGCUCCGUUCGGCGGUGAACAAGGUCGAAAUAAUAAUUGGAGAGCUUUAGUUAGAGCACAAGAAGAAGGUUGGGUCAGAGAUAUAGGUGUAAGUAAUUUUAACGUACACCAUUUGAGAUCACUUCCAUCACCUAAACCUACAGUAAAUCAGAUUGAACUACAUCCAUUCUGUCAACAACGUGAAAUCGUCAAAUAUUGUCAGGAAAACAAUAUAACAAUACAAGCUUAUUCACCUCUAAUCAGAGCGGAUAAAGAAAGGUUAGCAAACCCAAUCUUAGUUGAUAUAGCGAAGAAGCACAGUAAGGAAGUCACGCAAGUUUUGAUAAGAUGGAGUUUACAAAAAGGAUAUAUACCAUUACCUAAAUCAGUCACUCCGUCGAGGAUAAAAUCCAAUUCCGAUGUGUACGAUUUCCAAUUAGAUGAAGACGAUAUGAGAGUUCUAGAUGGUUUAGAUGAAGGUUCAAACGGUGCUUGCACUUGGAAUCCGAUUGAUCAGCCUUAA